UCCAGUGGCAAGCUGUGACAAGGGUGCAUGAAGCCUCUGUUUUACACACAUGCUCAUCUGGAUCUCCACUGACACACUGGACAAGGACAACCGUGGACAUCAGAGGAUUUCCUGAACCAUCUUAACGUUGGACUAGGCAGUGAGACUGAAAUAGUCUUAAUGUCACCUGGGGUGCCAACAUCGCUGGAGAGCCACUCUGUCAAAAUGCUGGCCAUCAUGGAGCAGUGGGACGGGAAGGGCAGCUGCCAUACAGACAACACUAAUCAGUACCUGUACCUCAUGCUUUUCAAGGCAAGUCUGGAUGCAGUAGUUUUGUAUCUAUGCUGGAGAAGACUACAUACUUCCUUCUUAAGCAUGUGCGGCCUGUCCAUCGUUCUAGCCGACGUGGCACUGCUGUGGUCCAUGACAAUCGUAUGGUUUCUCGGGCCUGAACAAUCCCCCGUGUCAACCUGCUUCGUCUUGGCUCACACCUCGGCAGCAUAUGCAGCACUGCCGCUGCCCAUGGUGUGCCUGGGUUUACUGGACUACCUAUCAGAGGAUAAAUGCCUUGGCAAACAGGGCCCUCUCUGCAAAUCCCUACGGAACAUGGCCUUAGUCCUGCUGGUGUGGGUGUUUGCCGUUGUUUACUCAUUGGGAUCAGCAAAAAAUGAUCCAAUGGAAAUCGAGUAUUUGGGAGGAAAAACUGCUCUGGUGUGUGAAGUACAGGAGUCGCCGCUGGUUGCUUACUUUGUUUUUGGGGUUUUCAUAGCAGUCAUUUUGACACUGGUGCCCUUCUGGUCAAGGAUUCCCCAAUGGAUGAGAGAGGCCGAAAGAUUAUCUGACCUGAGGGAAGAGCCUCCACAGUACCAGAGGAGCGACUUGAUGUUCAACUCCACCAUGGACGGCGAUAUAAAAAGUGGCGAAGAGAAUUUUCUGUUGGAGAACCUCCAGCAUCGACCGUCUCUGUGGCUGAGCAUAACGCUGGGCUUUGUUACAAUAUGGAUGCCGUACCUGAGCAUAUCUGUCGCCUGUCUGCUCUUAGGACUUGGGGUGCCUGCCUACAUCAUUGUCAACCUUCUGUGGUUGGAGUGCACCAACAGCUUACUGGUCGGUGUGGCGUUCUGGGUAAAGAGCAACAGACUAGGGCCAUACAGUCAUCUCCCGGAUGAUGUUUGUUUAUGGCGCGUUUACUGGCACCUGAGUAAAGGAACAAACCAGCAGAAACUUCCCACCGCUGUCUUUAACCCAUCACAGGGGAAAAGAAAAACACUUCUACAUGUAUGAGACAAGGCCAAAAUCAAUAAACCACGAUAUUAUACAGUAACUGUAACAGGCCCGUGGGGAUAUAAAUCUGUUUCUUUGAGCCUCUAAUGACUAAGCAAUAACCUUGAUAUGUCACUAGGGAAAACGAGGAACUCUAGAUAUGAGGAAGCACGAUUCUAGUGAAUGGAUAACCAAUUUUAGAAACAUGUCAGCUGUUUGGAUUGUCAUGUGCUGAGCCUCUGACUUACGGCUGCAAGACCAGCAGAAAAAAAUCUGGACCGUGAGAGUAUGUGCAUUUCUCUCCACUCGCUCAACAAAUGUCAAAGUGCCUCUGAGCAAAGAACUGAACUGCAACCUGCUCCAGUGGCCAACAAACUAAGGCUGGGAUUGCACUCAAAGUGGAAAACAGUGAAUGUGUGUGCGGCAAGCUGUGGCUGAAGUGCACAGUGAGGCUAAACUUUGCAAAAAAAAAUUUAAGCAAGAAACUAAAACCCUAAAAUUUCAUUCUUUCUAGGCUCAUGUAUGAGUAUUGUUCAUUUCACAGAUAUUUACAGAUUAGGGGGAAAUGGUAGUAUUUUUAAUGACUUGUAUCCACUCCCUUUGAUAUUCUGUCUCCACAUAUUCGUGACUUGCCACAUGCUACUGAAUAAAUUAUCCGACACUUUUACCCGUUUGCCGCCUGUUACAAAUUCCUUAAACACACUGUAAACGAGACGACCAUGUUUGUGGCGAUUAUACAUUUUGCUUUCUCCAAAUCGCAAAAUGUGCACCUGAAAAAAAAAAUGUCAAAGCAUUCUGAGUUAUCCAUGACUUGUCAUGCUCCUGCCAAAGGAUUUACUGAGCAUGAAUGAAGCUGUUCAAAGGAAGAGGAUUUCAUCUGCACAGUGGACAAGGCUGCUCUCUUAACACUUUCAAUGCAACUGAAUGUUACAACCGUACAGGAUUUACUUCUGCUGUCUGUAUUUUCUCAGAGAGAAGGGACAUAAGCUGCAGACAUGGACUCUGAAAAUGCUGACUGAAUGUAGGUCGCUGUAGGCAAGAGUAAAUGCAACUUAAUUUAAAUAAACUACUGGGUGCGUUUUAUGAAUGUUUAAUAUGUCUAUACAGUGCAUGCAUCUACCACAACUGAUGGAUCCUGUCAAAGUUUAUCUUAAUCUUUCAUUUUAUCUUCCAUCAAUUACUACAUGUGUGUCAUUUUGGGAGGGGGAGUCACAGUUUACAUAUAUGUAAAUAGGGGAAAAGGGGUAAAUAUGGAAAUCUUUACAAGAAUAAACAAAUUCGAAUUUGCAAGAGCUGUAAACAGGCACGCAUGUGCAUCCAUGUGUAAAUGUGUUCACUCAUACACAUACACACACACACUGACACAUACACAGAAACUCACAAACACUUUGCAAAUUUCAGCCUCAUAUGUAGAAAGUUGCAGUUGCUAUAGGGCGGGUUAAGCUUUGUGGACCAAUGAAGUGAUGUACCAACAGAACGAGAUGGCAAAGCAAGACGUCAAUGGUCCCAAGCCUAACACAUACCUUCACCUUCACUGUCAGCUUCUCUCUCACACACAACACACACACACAGACACACACACAGAGUGAACAGGCGCCUGUCCAUGUUGAUCAGUGUAUGUACAUGUGUCUGUUUACUGUUCUGAGUACCAACUACUUUUUGUGGUAUCUAUCAACGUUACACAUUUCUUAACUGUAAAAAAUAAAUUAAAAAAAUAAAAUAAAGAUCAUGUGACCCCCAUGCCAAAUUUCAGCCUCCUGGGGCGAAAGCUGUGGCUGCCAAAUGGUGGGGAAGUUUUCUGUGGACCAACCAGC